AUGAUUACCGAGAAAUGUCACGAGUUCAAUAUAGAGCUAUGUGCCGUUUUCGUCGAUUUUAAGAAGGCCUUCGAUAGCGUGGAACUUCCAAUGAUAUGGAAAGCGUUGGAGUAUUUUGGUGUGGAGGAGAACUUGAUAAUGGCCAUACAACUGCUGUAUGCACACACAGUACCGCUGCCGUCCAGAUAG